AUGGCCGACGAACACAAUCAUCUUGCCGAGUCCGGCGUUACAUUGCACUCCGACAGCGAACUAUACUCUGGAGGUGAUGAUCUAUCAUCAGGCUCAAACUCUCCCGUCAUCCUCUACAAGCCUCCUACUGUUUGGUCAUUGAUACGUGGAGCUGCUAUCAACCUGCUGCUCCCUUUUGUCAACGGUAUGAUGCUUGGUUUCGGAGAGCUGUUUGCUCAUGAGGCAGCUUUCAGACUAGGUUGGGGCGGUACAAAGGUCUUUCCUCUUACUCGAAGAAGAGCGCACCCUAUCGGACCUGGUAUCGAGCUUCGAGAAAAGCACCGCAGUCCUCGCCCUUCGCUGGACGACAUUGCAAGCCUGGAGUAG